GAGCGUCGCGGGGGUGCAAGGCUGGGGCGCGCGAGGGGCGCGCCGGCGGCGCUUUGCGAUCACACACACCGGCCUGGAGCUGUCGAUGCCGGGGCAUGUGCCCAGCCAGCUGGAGUGGAGUUUCUCGCAGCGUGAGGUGCUCUUCGUCUCGCCGUCCAACCCGGGCGCACUCGAGGUUGCGCUGCAGCUGCAGCGGAGCGGGCUGCUGGCCGCCGAGUGCCGCGUGGGCGGCAGGAGGGGCCUCGAGAUCACGAGCCGGUGGCGCGAGAGCCGCAGGGUGUCGCAGCGGCAGCUCCUCGCGAGGCACAGGAGCUCAGCCAAGAACUCGGAGGCCACCCGCCAGUGGAGCCUCAUCACGCGCAACGUGUCCACGCGCAACGUGUCCGUCGGGCCGGAGCACUCGGCAGAGGUGCCGCCGCCGCCGCCGAGCCACUUUCGCGGGGCCGGGAGGCCGCCUGCGGAGGCGCCGUAUCGCGAGCACCCGGACGCGCUCACCUCGCUCAACAACCUCGGCGCGGGCGAGGCUGGCGGCGAGGACGGCGGCGGCGAGGCCGAGGCGAGCACUUCGGUCAGCAGCGUGGGGGCCGUCCCCGUCGACACGGACGGCGACGGCAUCGCAGACACGCUGCUGACGGAGCAGUCGCAGGCGGCCGAGGCGGCGCCCACCCGCAUGCUGCUCGUGCUCAACGUGCACUCGUUCGUCGGACCGUGCGGAGAGCAGCUCGCGCGCGAGGUGCGCGCAGCCUUCCACCUGGGCCUUCCGAUCGUCAGUGUGCAUGUGCCCGACCUGCCGGGCAGCACACAUGGGUGCCGCUUCGAGCGCUUCUUCGUCGGUCAACGCCGGCCUGUACAAGCCCGUCGCGGUCGCCUGGUACCCCUCCGCGCCGCACGUGCACGCCUCCUGCGCGAUGCUCUACCAGGCGAUGCACGCCUCCUCCUCCGAGGCGCGGCCGAGUCGGAGACGAGCGGCGAGGCCGUCUUCUGUGCACCCGGAGAGCCACCGGUCGCGGCCGUCCUUCAAGCUGCCCUCGAUGUCGUCGAUGCGGCUGUCGCUCCCGUCGCACAGGGCGUCGUCCGCGCCACCCGCCUCCCGCGUGUGAGAAACGUACAUGCCUGGAGCGCGACAUACGAUGUGUUUGGGGGGCACACGCUCCUAGCACCUAGGCCGCAUGCUGAUGUACCCGGGCGUAGAGUACAUGACCAGUGAAUGGAU